AAGCGCCUGCAGUGAAGCAUUUGCUGUGUGUUUGCUUUGCAGCACCUUGGUGGCUGCAAUCCAGUCUGCAGGGCUGACAGAGAACCUCAACAGGCCGGGGACCUUCACGGUGUUCGCUCCGACCAACGAGGCUUUCCGAGCGCUGCCCCAGGGCGAGCUCAACAAACUCAUGGGUAAUGCCAAGGAACUUGCCAACAUCCUCAAGUUCCACGUGGCCGACGAGAUCCUGGUGAGCGGCGCCGUCAGUGCCCUCGUGAGGCUCAAAUCCAUGCAGGGAGAUAAACUGGAAGUCAGCAUGAAGAACAACGUGAUACACAUCAACAAGGAGCCCGUUGCUGAGAGUGAUAUCAUGGCCACGAACGGCGUGAUUUAUGCCGUGAACUCUGUCUUACAGCCACAGGCUUCCAGGCCACAGGAAAGAGGGGAUGAGCCUGCAGACCCUGCACUGGAAAUCUUCAAACAGGCGUCUGCGCUAUCCAAGGUUUCUCAGAGGAAUCCUCGGCUAGCUCCCGUCUACUCCCGGCUACUGGCGAGGAUGAAGGAGAACUCGGGGGGAGCCUGAGCCACGUCCUGAGCAACCACACACCAGCGCCUGCAUCCCCCCCAGCUCUGGCUGACAGCUAAAGAGAAGGACAGAAUCGUUUUCAAAAACCAAAUAUCACCCUUAAGUUUAUUUUUUGUCUCCAGCGAAACGGAUAGGGGAAAAAAUGGAAAGCCAUAUAUAUAUGUGUAUAUAUUUUAAGACCCUUUUUUCUUUGGGUUUGACUUCAAAGUUCCCAGAUUGAGGAAAUGUUUUUUGGGUUUUUAAUUUUUGGGGGAUUUGUUGGGUGGGGUUUUUUUUUGGUUGGUUUGUUUUGUUUUAAAUAAAAACUAUUCGCUAGUUUGCAAUUUUAAGCAUAUACCCAGUUUUGGGCUUGUUAAGCACAUCCUUUUUUAAAAAAACAAGCACGUGCUUCCUUGUUCCCAUGGGUUUUAAAAGUCUUCCAUGAAAUUCUGAACUGAAGGCUUUUAGCAAAAGCCUCUCUCUGGACAAUGAGAAAAUUGCAUAGUUACAAGCUAUGGUUUGAACCAUUCUCUUUUUUUUUUUGUUACCUUUUUUUUUUUUUUUUUUUUUAAAACCUCUGGGUUACAACUGUGCUGCCUUUUGUUCACGAGAUUGAAAUGGGAGUUCUCCCUGGCUGAAGCCUUCCAGCAAAUGGUUCAUUUUUGAUAACGGUUGUUUUUUAAUAAAAAUUAAAAAUAAAAUCAAAAACAUAAAUAUGA